AUGGAAAAAAUUAAUCGGUCAGAUGUUACUGAUGGAUUAAGAAGACAACUAAAAAAUAGUGUUGGCAAGAAGAAACAGCAAUUUAUUUUACAACAAGAAGAAAAAGAAAAUGAAAGUGAUGACAAUGAAGAAACAAAAUCUCAACUCUUAAUGAAAAAAAAGAAAUAUGUCAGUCCAAUUGAGAAGUUUAGACCAAAAACGAAACAAGACAAACAAGAAAAGAUAAAUAAACACAAAGAAGCUAAAGUUGAAAUAAAAGAAGAUCCAUCGAAAAAGAAUCGAUUUGAUGAUCAAGUAGAUCCCUUAACAGAUAUUAUAAAUGAAAAUAUUACUCAACCAACUAACAAUACAAUACAAGAAAAAGAUAUAAAUGAAAAUAAUGAUUUAAAAGAAGAAGAAGUUAUGAAAGAAAGUGAUAAUUCAGAAGAAGAAUUAAUUAAAGGAAAAAAAGAAAUUGAUAACUCCGAAAAAAAAUAUUCAAAGAAAACAUCACUUCAUUCAAUAAAUGAUGAAAUUACUUUAUUUGAAGAUGUUGAAGGAAAUAAAAAGGAAACUAAUACAAGAGAUAUUGGUGAAACAUUUUCUCAUACAUCACAACAAUCAAAUAAUCACUCAGAAAAACAUAAAAAUGAAAAAAAACCACGAAAAGAUGGAGAAGAAAAGAAAAGAAAGAAAACAAAAACAAGAAGUCGAAUGAAGAAUGUAAAAAAAGAUAAACGACCUGAUCAUUUGAAACCAUCAUAUCUUCAAAAUACUAAUAAUAAAUGA